UGUAAACAAAAAUGGGAGGGAAAAAUGCAAGAUGACCAGAAAAUAUACCUUCCCUUAGACAUUAGCUUCCACGAACUUUAUGACUGGUCAAAACCAGAGGAGAAAUACCAGUGUAUGCAGAGGACGGUCCAAUUAAGGCCAGGUCUGAAGAGACAGAACAGUAAGACGGGAACCCUUGUAUCAUGUAACGAACAACAGAUCGCCAUCUUUAGGUACCACAACAAGGUGUAUGCUAUCAAGGAGAAAUGUCCACAUUUAGGUGGUCCUCUCCAUUUAGGGGACAUAGAAGAACUCCCUGGGAAUUCCCUGUGUGUGAGGUGUCCUUGGCACAGCUGGAGAUUUGACCUUGACACAGGACAGCUAAAGCAACCUAAGCGACCUGGCAUUUGUUCUGUUGUCUACCCUGUAAUUGUCAAAGAAGAUGGUGGACUCUUAGUUGGCUUUGAUCAAUUUGAUCCAAAGUAUUUCUCAGUGGAUUCAUCAUUUUGAAAUUGAAAGGAAAAUUUGUGUUAGAGACUCAGGUUUGUUCUUUGUUUUACAUCAAGAUGUAAUGGUAUUUUUGAUGUUUAAAUAGGAUUGGUGAUAAUAAGUAUCUUUAGUCAUGUUACUCUGGUAUGACAGUAUUUGUGAUAUUUUGUGAUAUUCACGACUUUUGCAGACACUUCUUAAAAAGUGAAUUAAAUUUAAUUUACAUAGUCCAAAAAUGACAUACUUCAAGUACAUGUAUAUGAAGUUAAAGAUUUCUGAUUCAAAAUUUUCAUGUUAAGUCAGCUUUUUUGUCAAUUUGAGUGUAUAGAAGUAUAAUAUGUUUCUUUUUUUUUUCCAGUUGUAACUUUUAUUCAUAAGCACUGACAAAAUGGCUUUUGUUACUUAGAUUUCUGUUACCAGUAUUUUUUAACAUUUUCUUUUUUUGUUUUAUGUUUGCUUUUUAUACUGGACGGUUUUACAGCCAGUGUGUUUUAUUCUGUUUUUAAAAACCCAUAUAUUUUUAUUGCAAUGCAUUUUAAUUUAAUCAAAUAUUUUUGAUAAACAAUACACAAUUUGAAAAUUUUCACCAUCAGUUUAUAUGGCUUUUACAUCUUUGUUACUCUCUGGGUACAGUACAUGGUAGUUUGUCAUAAGUGUGAGAUAUAGCCAUGCAUAUAAAGGAUGUGAAUAAAAACUUGUUUUAAAUACACUU